GCAUGCGCCUAAUGACAGUACACCGAUCGCACCUUGCGUUCAUCCUCUUUAGUCAUAAAAAUAAUAAACAAAAGGAAACGAGUGCAUCGAUGCAUCUUUUCUUCCAGUGUUUUUGAUCAUGUGUUUCAUCGAGUUUGUGCCUAAUUAAGUGUGUUUUCCUUUUUAUACAAAUUAGAAAAAAUUAUUCAACUUAUAGAUUUUCAAAAUGACUGAGGGUGUUGUAAUAAAAACAAAGCGCAAUGGGGCUCGAAUUUUCAAAAAUCCCCCACAACCUCAUAUGUGCAUUCAAGAUUUCAUGCAGGGUUCCGAACUUCCUUGCUACGUUAAUGUCUUGUCGUGGGACAAGGUCGCUACGCAUUGCAACCUCUAUCAGAAUGUGCCACUUUAUGGAGGAAUGAGAGUAUCACCCCCUCGAGGGGAAAAAGCAGAAGUUGGCGUUUUUGCCGUAAUUGCACAUCCCGAUGUUCUCAAACAAUACGGAAAAAAUUGCAAAGAUCUCAAGGAACAAGCAACGCUGAUAGAUUCAUUGCUAGAUUUCGUGGAGACGAAAAAUGAAGGUGUCUACUUUUCGCGACAAUACGUAAUUCUUAAAGACAAAGAUAUCACUGGUGAAUUAAAAGAAGUCUGGAUGGCCGUUCAAGCCAAGAGAGAAAGGGAAAAUCUUCUACCCCAACAAGAGACGUGGAUUGACGCUCAACCACCGACUCCACAAUAUCCACAAUACUCGGAUCAACAAACGCAACAUCAACAAUUACAAACUCCGCCUCAACAACAACAGCAGCAACCACUACAACAACAUCAGCAGCAGCAGCAACAACAACCACAACACGUUGAAUACGCACAUCCACCACAAUAUCAAUCAAAUGCCGCAUAUUCCAUUGGACCAUUGCCAAGCAAUGAAAUUGUAAAUCACGAACGUGAAAUUCUCUACAAUUAUCAACAGCAAAAUCCAAUAGUAACGCAGAGUGAGCAAAUUUAUCAAUCGUUUAAUCUACAGGAUCGUUGCUAUAAUUAUCGUGAACGAGGUCAACCGAAUAUGCAACAAAAUGCACCGCAACAAAAUUGUCCUGCUUAUCCGGCGCCUCAAUAUCAAUUUCAACAACUUCCAAGACAAAUGGUCCCGCAAUAUGUUAAUUCAAAUAUGCAUAUCAAUUCGAAUCCUAAUUCAAAUAUGGCUAAUCAGAAAUAUAAAAUGAAUGUUAGUUUUGCGUCGAAAAUUUAUGAGAAAGAUAGACAGAUGGAUCAGCAAAUGCAACAGCAAAAACAACAGCAACAACAGCAGCAAGUCAGUGAUAAAAGUCAAUCGAAUAAUACAAUGUACGUACCGGUUGACUAUAAGGAAAUGUGGUUGGCUGAUCAAGUGUUGCAACAACAGCAACAACAACAGCAUCAGCAACAACAACAGCAACAACAGAUGCGACAUCAAGUUCCGCGACGUCGCAUCAAACCCCGAUCACAUCAGCAUAAUCCACAGAUGCAACGACAAAUGCAACAGUUACAAUAUUGUCCCGUAACGGAAAAUCUACGAGUGGAACAGAUUCAUCAAAUUCAAAAGCAAAUGAAUCAACAAAUCCAGGAACAACAGCAAUUUAUUAAUUAUCAACAAUCGACCAAUCAACAAUAUCAAAUUCAAACUCAGCAAAUGCCACAAAGUCAAAAUCAACCUCAAUCUCAGUCCAAGAGAAAAAAUAGUCAAUAUAAUGGCGAUUUUAAUAAAACACAAAAUAGGACAAUAAAAUUGGGAUCAGACAUGAGAAAAUGGUCAAAUAAACAAGACUUGACUGAUUGUGAAAUAAGCGAUCCAUCGAAACGAACAACAAAAAAGCGAUGCUUCGUUCAAUGGAAUUCAGUGCCGAGAAAACCAAAAGUUCUUGGCGAUAAAUUAAAUCAAACAAAAGCCGAUGGUACAAUGGAAACAAAUGAUCAGGACGAGGGUUAUCAUCAAGCCUAUACGAUAUUAAAAAAGCCCGAGGCAUCAACAAUGGAAUCAUCAGCAACAAUAAAUAUCGGAGAUGUUUCAAAAUCCACAAGUUUGGAGGAUGAAAUCGAUAAGAAAAUCGCUCAGUUAUCCAUUGAAGACUGUAAGGAAACGACUGAAGUCAAUGCCGUGCUUUCGUGAUAGAUUAGUUAUUAAAUAAUUAAUAUACAAUUAGAAAGGUAAGAGACGUAAGUUAGUGUAAAUAACUAGAUAGCCUUCAUAAUAAUCGGUAACAAAAUAAUUGGUCGACGAGAUAAUUCCAAAUCCAUAAAAUUAUUCAAAUAUUAAGCAAAAAAAAAUGAAAAACGCCUUGAGAAACUGUCGAACCAAUUCUGCCUUUCAUAUUCUCUUUCUGGGUAGCUGAAAAUAGUUUCGAAAACAAAAGAUAACAUUGCUUUCAGACACCAAUUUUCAUUGCAAAAAAUAUAAAACGCGAUCGAGUUUUAAAGGGAAAAAAAAACAUUUCUUUAAUCUUUUUCUAAAACUUUGGAUCUAAAAUACUUCUUUUAGCAAUUAAAUCAAAUUUUUUAAUUUCUUUUAUUAAAAAACAAUUGUGCGAAUCUCGAAAAAUGAAAGAAAAUAGAUUUUUAAUUCUCACUUUACGUGAAAUUAUUGUACAAAGAAAAAAAAAUAUUUUCUUAAAGAUAUACUAUAUUUGUAAUUUUUUAUUUAAAUUAAAGACAAUGGAAAUUUUUUUUCUACUAUUUCCCAUAAAGUAGAGUUCUAAUUCUACCUUCUUUCAUAUUAUUAAAAAAAAAUUUUUUCUUCUUUUUCUUCUUUUUAAAAAUUGGAAAAGAUUUUUACAAAAAAGGGAAAAAUUGUAAUUUUAUUUCUCACUAAAAUUCUGAAAUUCUCUUUUUUCAAGAUAAUUUCAAAUUUUUUUUUCUUUUUAAAAACUUGAAAGACAAGAAUCGAAAAGGUAAAAAAAGUAUUCUGAAAGCAAUUUCGAAUAUUAGUUGAAAAUACAUCAUUAUUUUUAAUAAUUUAUUUUAAAGAGAAAAAUAAGUUUUAUUUUCAACUAUAGAGUAAAUAAUCAGACUUUGUUAAAAAAAAAUAGUUCGAAAGGGAAGCAGAAGGAAAUAUUUUAAUUUUGUGAUCGGUUGGGAUUUUUACUGGCGUGGCUGUGAAAAAGAAAAAGAAAUCAGCUAGGAGACUCACGAUCAAGCGAUAUUUUACAAAAAAAAGUGAUUCGGACAGCCAAAAAUUCACACGAGACAAUAUUUAGAUAACUGGAUAAAAUUGUUGAAUUUCAAAUUCGCAGAAUUACCUCCCAAUUCAAAGAAACGAGUCCUUGCAAAGAACUGAUAUUAACUUUUAUUAUGAUGAUUAUUAUUAUUAGGACUAUAAAAUUAAAGACGUAAGAAUUAAAGAAAAAAAAAAAAGAUCUUCUUUAAGAAAAAAGAACCGGAACGCCUUGUUCCUAAUUUUUGCUAGUAAACGCACUCGACACACGAAGGCUUCGGAUUUGACAUAUUAUAGGCUUAAGAGUUUCAAAAAAAAAAGAAAAAAAAAUAUGAAAAAAGCAAAAAAAAAAGCAUUGCAUGGAAUUUGAAAAAGAAAGAAAAAAGAAAAGUCUUUUAAAGACUUUCGUGUAAAAAUAAUAAUUGAACGAGCCAAAUUUUGUUGUUGGUAUACUUCGCGCCAUUUGUCUUCGCAGAUUAGUCAGGAUAGAAUAUUAAGAAAUUAAAAAAAAAAUGAUAUUGAACACCAUUUGUAAAUCGUAAAAUAGGUGCUCUUCCAU